CCUACUAAGGGAAGUGGACUUCCAGCUUCUUCUCUUUCAGCAUCCAUGAAUGCAGUUCAAAUUGUUCAGCAUAAUCCUCAAGUGGGGACUACUCAACAGGUUAAAGGUCUUUCUGCAGCAAUGACAGUACAGCAAAUUCAGCAAGCAAUGAAACAAAUACCACCAAAUUUACCAGUGGUUGUAACCGCAACACCUAGUCUUCCAGGCAUACAGCAGCAGCACACUGCCACUUUACGUGGUGAACCAGGUGUUGUAUCUAGUUCUGUUAAAGCUCAAACAACAACAUUGCCAUCUACAACAUUGACAACAAGUGGAGUUCUAAAAGGUGCACCUGCCGUGGUUGUGGGACAGCCACAGACUACAGCUAUUCUCCAGCAAGUUGCUGCUUCAUCACCCAACUUAACUACUCAGCAAGCUGUAACUCUUGCAGUUAGAACUGCAGCUUCACAAGGUCAGGGCCAACAACAGGUACAGAUUCAAGUGCAACAAUCACCUCAUUCAUCUUUAGUUUCUCCUCAAUCACAAGUAGUUUCUGCUGCUAUGCAGUCUUCUCAGAACAGAAUGCAACAGUUAUCACAAAAUUCAUCAACUAUAAAUAUUGCUCAGCCAGUAGCAGUCCAGAAUGCUGCUCAGGCAUCAAAUAUUCUGUCAUCUGGCACUCUGGUACAGCAGAUGCCUGCUGAUUCAACAAUUCAGUCUCCAACUCAUGUUGUUAUGCAUAGUGUGACGCCAUCAUCUAGCUCCAGUGUGCCAACUGCUCAGACCGCAUCAACACCUGCACAGAUGGUGCAGGCUGCUCUUCAGGCUGCUAGACAAGCAGCCCAGCAACAAGCUACCCAGCAACAGAAAGCUUCACCAUAUACAAUGAGACUGCGAAAUCCCCCAAAAUAAAGCUAUAUAGAUAAUUAACAUGUACUUUUUGUUUGAGAUUCUGUUUUAAAUUUGCUAUUUGAUAUCAGAAAAAUAUAAUUUGGAAUAUCAAAAGUCAAUCCUGAUUUGUUGACUGUUAUGAUGUGAGAGCUUGUGAAAUAUGAUUUUGGCUGUGGACGGCAAAUAAUAAUAACCGUAUUGAUCCUAUUCAAUUCAAAAUAUAAACACAAGCGCAUAAAUGUUUUGUUUACAUAUUUCAAUAGUGUGGUUUAUUUUCAUUCAUUAAAUCUAUUUAUUUUGCCCUUUCAUGAUUCUGUUCCAUUAAAAAAAAAAAUUAGUUAUCCAUUUAUAUAAAAUACAAUUCAUCCUCAUAGAAUGCUUAAUAAAUUCAAUUUUUCUGAACUUUCAUGUUCUCACCUUUUUCCAAGGAAAGGCUACUAAUAACUGUAUAUAUAUGUAUUGAAUGUACCUUGGCAUUUUGUAUCAUUUUUCAUUCAGUUGCUGUAAAAAAAAAUAAAAUGUAAACAUUAAUGUUUGUUAUGUUUUUAUCAUCAUUCAUACAAGAAUUCUUCACCUCAUGUACAGUUCAGUAAAAGUAAAAUAAAAUGCAUUGUUGUUAA